ACCACCACCAUGAGGUACAUGUGAGAUGACAGAUGUGAAACUUCCUUCUCGCCUCAUUAAGCAAAUCUUCAACCAGCAGAACUAUGCGGUUCAUUCACUAUAACAUCUGGGUUGAAGAACAGUGAGGCACGAUGUGGAUUACUCGUUUUUUCAUCACACUCACCUGGUUAUCUCAGACCCGUGCUGGUGUCACUCAGACAGACAUCUGUGAAAAUGUCAUCGCCGAAUGCAAAGGAAUGGCUGUAGCCUGGACCAGGUGUUAUGAGGACAGAAUUGCAACUUGUAACCAAAGUAACACAAGAAGUUUGAUGGUCAGUCACUUCAUUCGAAAGAAUGUGACCUCAUUUCAAGAGGUUGAAGUGAAUCCCACUCUUGAUCACAGGGUUCACAUCCCAUCCUCAGCUCUCCAAAGGAGCAGAGGAGCUGGGUCUGAGGACAAGAUACUGCUGGUGGCCACUGUGAUCGACAGCUAUUUCUUCGAAGACAACCCAAAGCCCAGCCCCCCUCCAGGAAGAGGAAGAGGAAGAAAAGUUCUACCAGUCCAGCCUAACCACAUGCGAGGCACUGUUAUGGGAGGCCUUGUCCUGGUGGUGAGAGCAGGAAACAAUCCUGUUAGAAACCUCCCACAACCCAUCACAUUAAUCUUCAAUCACAAAAAACAGGUGGAAAAUGGGACUUGUGUGUUUUGGCAAGAGUCAGAGCUAGAGCAUGAAACAGGUCAUUGGAGCAGAUAUGGCUGUGAUACCAACAACACAGGAACUGAAUUUAUUUGCAGCUGCAACCACUUGAGCUUCUUUGCUGUGCUUGUGAACCCUGAAUUAUUGGUGGAUGAACGUAACGCUGUGGCCUUAAACUACAUCACCUACAUUGGAUCAGCUCUCUCCGUGUUCUUCACAAUCAUCAGCUUGAUCAUUUAUGUUUACCUACAAAAAAAGCGCCCAGAGAAGGCCAUCGGCGUGCAUAUGAACCUAGCAGGCGCGCUGCUCUGCCUCCAUCUCAGCUUCCUGCUGUGCAGCUUCUGGGUUUGGCUGAUGAAAGAGAAGGAGGAGGGCUGGGUUUGCAGGGGUCUGGGUCUCUUUUUACACUGGUCCCUGCUGGCCACCUUCACCUGGAUGGCUCUGGAAGGGUUCCACCUCUACCUGCUCCUGGUCAGAGUCUUCAACAUCUACGUCAGGAGAUACUUGCUCAAACUCUGCUUGGUGGGAUGGGGUCUCCCCACACUGACUGCAGUGAUUUGUGGGAUUUCAGGUGUUUAUGGCAAAUACAGUCUGAAAUUGAUGACCGAGAACAACCACAGCUCAACAGCAGAGAUAUGCUGGAUGAGCAGCCAGUUCCCACAGAGGCUUGUGGUCAGCUACAUCAGCACUGUGGCCUUCCCGUGCCUGGUGAUACUGUGUAAUUCCUGCAUGCUGGGGCUGGUGGUGUUUAGGCUCUGGGGACUAAGGAAAGAAGGUGGAGUAAAUGAGAGCAGGUGGAAGAAGAUGAACAAAGAGAAAGGGACCAGGUUAUGGAAGGACUGUGCCACAGUGCUGGGCCUCAGCUGUGUGCUGGGCUUAACUUGGGGCUUAGCGAGCACCACUUACAUCUCCCUCUCUGGGAUCUACGUAUUCACUAUUCUAAACUCCCUGCAGGGUGUCUUUAUGUUCCUGUGGUCACUGGCUCUGACCCACAAGUCUCGGUCUGACAAUGACUCCUCCGUCAGAGACCCUUCCUCUCAGAAGAUGAUGACGACCAGUUUCAAUAACUGAUAAUCACAGCUAAAACAAAUGUAAUAUCUGUUGCCUAUAUUAGGUGUAACUGGACUCUGCAUUGUAAAUUAAAAAAAAAUGUGAUUCUAUCUAUCAUCAACAACAACAUUUUAUUAGUAUUUACUGACACUGUAGUUGUUGUUGUGGAUACAGUAAUAUCAGACAUGGCGGUGCUGUUUGGCUCAGUUGAUAGAGCGGCCCAAUGAGUCCCGACCUGGGGGCCCUGUGCUGUGUGUCGCUCCCCCUCUCUAUCAGCCUGUUUCCUGUUGUAUCUUCAGCUGUUCUAUCAGUAAAGUCUUGUAAAGGCCCAAAGAUAUAUCUAUAAUAAUAAUAAUAAUAAUAAUAAUAAUAAUGAUAAUAAUACCAGAUAUGAACAGGCAAAGAUGAUCAAAAAUCUGAUUUUAAAGCUGUAGUCUGUAACAUUUUUUUGUUAUAUUUGCUAAAAUUGUCAUUAUCAUCUGACAGAAGAGUAAGAUACAGGUCAGCUGUAAAAAUCCACUGCCUGUCAAUCACUCUUGUGCACUCUUGUGCAGCCCCCCUCCCCGGCGCAGUGCCUACUGGGCAGUGCCUGCUCUUACCUGGUCAGAUGGGUUCAAGCUCAAACUCAAAUCGUAAAGAAUGGCGGAGAGGCAACAGCAGAAAAAUGCCCAACCAUUGCCCACAUCAAAGAGAAGAAAUAAAAAGACUGUAUAGGAUCAAGGAUAAGUUAGACAUGACAAUUCUCGUGGACCCACUAAUCUUUGUGAGCAGGAGUUUGAUAUACAGUAGAAGCAGCUGUACUUACUGCUGUGCCCAGCAAUCUCUGCCUGUUACAGUAUUGUAUGAAGUACCUAAGAGUCAGACUUAUCAAAGAUGAUGUAAACUGAUUACUUUGUCACUCAUGCGGUCAACAUUUGAGUAAUUAUUUUACAGCAUCUGAUAUUAAAAGUACUUAAAAGUAUCAACAGUAAUAUAUUAUAUAUAUUAUGUUAUAUUAUCUUAUUAAUUUUAAUGAAUUAAAAUGUUCAUUUAAAUUGUACUCAUUUGGCUCUGAUGUAAUAUGGAAAGUAACUAGCAACCAAAGUUAUUGAAUUAAUGUAAUGAGUAAAAAAAAAGUACAAUAUCUGUCUCCAAAAUGUAGUGGAAGUAUGAACUUGCAGAAAAUGUAGUAUCUCAAAGUACCUGAAAACUGUACUGAAGUAAAGUACUUGAGUAAAUGUACUUACAGUUACAUUCCAUCAGUGCAUGUUUUCAGGUUCACAUGUGAAACUGGCAGAGUGAUUCCCUCUGUUAGUUUGAACUGUUGCCUGUUGGACCAGGUUUGCUCUGCACUCCUGCAAGUUUGGAAAUCCUGCCUUUUGUUCUAUGAGUAAUUAUAGAAUCAUCUCUGUGAAGUGAAAUGUUAGUGUUUGUGAGGGGUUUUGCUUUUUUCUCGUAAUUAAGUGAUGUUUGUACUUUUGCUUUCUUUUCAGGGCACUUUAGGGCAAAAGUUAAACCUGUUCUGCUUUCACUAAAUCAUCAGUGAUAUGCAAAGAAUGGAGAAAUGCUCAGCAAACGUUUCAACAGAGUUGUGCUCAGUGUUUGACAGAAAUUAGCCUUUAGUGUGCACAAAAAAGUCAAAGAUAUCUUAUAUUUCAAAAUAAAAGUGUUGCAUUUAUA